GGAGAAGUGGAAUCUCGCUGGCGUUGCUCCCAGCUCGGGACUCGCGGAGUGGCACUGGGCAUGCUCAGUCGCCGGAGCCCGUCCUAGGCUCAAGUAGGAGGAAGCUCGUGUGCUGCACCCGCAGCUGAUCCGGGCGCUUGGUGGAGGGCGAGACUGGAGCGGAGCUGUCGGGCGCCGUAGCCGAGGCGAACACUGCGCACACCACCGGAAAAAUCAGUUACUUCUCUAAUCGUUGAGCCUUCUGUCCUGAGAAUGCGCUCAGCAUCAUUACAGAGGAUAAGCUCCCACCGCCAGGGGUUGGAGCUGCUUGGGUGAGCUGCUGCGGCCCAUAGCCAAGCAUGCUGUGGUCGGAUCUGCCCAGCUGUGGAACAGAAACAUUUGCUGGAUGGAAAAUCCAUAAAAGAAAGCUGCUGUGAAAGCCUGAGACAGACCAUAACUUAAGCAAAAUCAGAUAUACUUGGCCUUGCCCGACCUCAUUGAGUGAUUACUGGUGACAAAACUUUGUGGGAAAAGGGAACUUGUCUUCUGAGCUUUGUACCAAAGACCUGGGCAAACCAACCCUCUCAGCCUUUCCCGAGUACUUGGAAACGGCCGAGGCCCCUGCCGAUCGAUGUGCUGACUGGUCGCUAUGGGCAGACGGUCCGCGGAGGCUCACUGUCGCCCAGGCAGCUCCUAUUUCAAAUUAUAACCCAUUUCCUGCACCAUUGCUGACGUCCAGUGAUCCAUGUCAGAAGUACUUCCAGCCGACUCAGGUGCAGACACUGUGGCGGUGUUUAUGGCCAGCAGCGGAACCACGGAUGUCACGAAUCGGAACAGCCCGGCCACCCCACCAAAUACCCUCAACCUCCGUUCCUCCCACAAUGAACUGCUGAACGCUGAAAUCAAGCACACAGAGGCCAAGAACAGCACACCCCCCAAAUGCAGGAAGAAAUACGCACUAACUAACAUCCAGGCAGCCAUGGGCCUCUCGGACCCAGCAGCGCAGCCCCUGCUGGGGAACGGCUCCGCCAACAUCAAGCUGGUGAAGAACGGGGAGAACCAGCUCCGGAAGGCUGCGGAGCAGGGCCAGCAGGACCCCAACAAAAAUGUCAGUCCCCCUGCGGUCAUCAACAUAACUUCUGAGAAGUUAGAAGGUAAAGAGCCCCACCCACAGGAUUCCUCGGGCUGUGAAAUUUUACCCUGCCAGCCCCGGCGAACCAAGAGCUUCCUAAAUUACUAUGCAGACCUGGAAACCUCAGCCAGGGAACUAGAGCAGGACUCGAGUGGCCAGCACGGGGUUGCGGGGGAGAAGGCCCUGCCGGGCCAGGGCCAGGCCUCCACCAUCAUUGGGAAUGGUGAGGUGCCGCUGCAGAAACCAAACCAACCCCAGUUCAGCCCCGAAGACGGCCAGGUAGCCACAGUGUCGUCCAGCCCGGAGACCAAGAAGGAUCAUCCUAAAACAGGGGCCAAGACGGACUGUGCACUGCACCGGAUCCAGAACCUGGCGCCCAGCGACGAGGAGUCCAGCUGGACCACACUGUCCCACGACAGCGCCUCACCCAGCUCCCCGGACGAGACAGCAGAUAUAUGGAGUGAUCAGUCAUUUCAGACCGACCCAGAUUUGCCUCCUGGCUGGAAAAGAAUCAACGACGUGGCCGGGACCUAUUACUGGCACAUCCCCACGGGAACGACGCAGUGGGAACGCCCCGUCUCGGUCCCAGCGGAUCUUCAGGGCUCUAGGAAAGGGUCCCUUAGCUCUGUAACGCCAUCUCCCACCCCUGAGAACGAGAAACAGCCAUGGAGUGAUUUUGCUGUUCUGAAUGGGGGAAAGAUUAAUAGUGACAUUUGGAAGGAUUUGCACGCAGCCACAGUGAACCCGGACCCCAGUCUAAAAGAGUUUGAAGGAGCAACACUGCGCUAUGCGUCUUUGAAACUCAGAAAUGCCCCACAUGCUGAUGAUGACGAUUCUUGUAGUAUCAACAGUGACCCAGAAGCCAAGUGUUUCGCUGUGCGCUCGCUGGGAUGGGUAGAGAUGGCAGAGGAGGACCUCGCCCCCGGGAAGAGCAGUGUCGCCGUCAACAACUGCAUCCGGCAGCUCUCUUACUGCAAAAACGACAUCCGGGAUACAGUCGGCAUUUGGGGAGAGGGCAAGGACAUGUACCUGAUCCUGGAGAACGACACGCUCAGCCUGGUGGAUCCCAUGGACCGCACCGUGCUGCACGCGCAGCCCAUCGUGAGCAUCCGCGUGUGGGGCGUGGGCCGCGACAACGGCCGAGAGAGAGAUUUUGCUUAUGUAGCAAGAGACAAAGAUACAAGAAUUUUGAAAUGUCAUGUAUUUCGAUGUGACACACCAGCAAAAGCCAUCGCCACAAGUCUCCACGAGAUCUGUUCCAAGAUUAUGGCCGAACGGAAGAACGCCAAAGCCCUGGCCUGCAGCUCCUUACAGGAAAGGACCCAUGUGAACCUCGAUGUCCCCUUACAAGUAGAUUUCCCAACACCAAAGACCGAGCUGGUGCAGAAGUUCCACGUGCAGUACCUGGGCAUGCUGCCCGUCGACAGACCAGUCGGAAUGGAUACCCUGAACAAUGCCAUAGAAAGUCUAAUGACCUCAUCCAACAAGGAGGACUGGCCAUCGGUGAACAUGAACGUGGCCGAUGCCACUGUGACUGUCAUCAGUGAAAAGAACGAAGAGGACAUCCUAGUGGAGUGCCGUGUGCGGUUUCUGUCCUUCAUGGGCGUCGGGAAGGACAUCCACACCUUUGCCUUCAUCAUGGACACCGGGAACCAGCGCUUUGAGUGCCACGUCUUCUGGUGCGAGCCCAACGCCGGCAACGUGUCCGAGGCGGUGCAGGCCGCCUGCAUGUUGCGAUACCAGAAGUGCUUGGUAGCCAGGCCGCCUUCGCAGAAAGUGCGGCCGCCUCCUCCACCAGCGGACUCAGUGACCAGAAGAGUCACAACCAAUGUAAAACGCGGGGUCCUGUCCCUCAUUGACACUUUGAAACAGAAACGCCCGGUCACAGAAACACCAUAGCUGCAGAUGGUAGAGGAUUCUGUAACACUGACCCGAAGACCGAACAGCUACACUAAAGAUGAAGAACUGAUGCCUGGCCUUCCAUUCGGCUGCUGAUGCUUUGUCUUCAGAGAACUUAUCCUUAACCAAACAGUGUUAGACAAGCAUGUUCUCUCGUCUUGCCACCGUCAUGUGAUAGGAAAAGAAGCAUGACUAAUUUUUUUUGCUGUCAGUAAGUUACACCAUGAGCAGUGGAAGGUCUUUCUCUUAUUGUAAAUAUCGUGAACAUUACUUAACUUCACACACACAGAGAAGAAUGUGGCCACACCCCUCCCCAUGAACUGAUGCUGAGUCCCUGGAGUGAAUGACGCCUGGAUCAGUUCUGUUGUCCUCCCGACUGGAUCUGUCACAACAACUUUAAGUCCCACAGCACUCUGCCCCGUUUUCCGCGUUGGAGUAGACACUGUGUACUAGAAACCAUUGAAAUGCUGUAAAAAUAGGAUGAUGAGUUUUCGUGUUCGUUACUCAUAAUGUCGAACCUUUUGGUUGACAAAGUUGGCUGUUGGCAUCAGUGUGGAGGCCAGCUGGUGGCUUUCUGUGACAAGCUCUUUGACACACAGACACCGUUCCGUGUCUACUCAUGUCAUGUCAAACAGCUGUUUGUGGGGUAUUGGAAAAAAGUGAAACUCAAAAUUGAAAACAAACCAAAUUUCAGAAAUUAAAAUCAAGCAAAAAUAGCCUUUCUUUUCAGAUGGUUUUCAAACUGAUUAAGAGGUUAACAAAGUCAUAAUGCAUUUUGGAUGGGACAUACUCAAACUUCUGCCUUAUUAUUGUACAAUGCAGCUAGAGAAUUAAAGUUCAUUAGGGCCAUUCUCUACAUAAACCACAUUAAAAUGAAAUAUUCCUCGGAAGCCUUUUUUCCUUAGUUCAGCAAUUAGCCAAUAUGCAAUUUGCAUUUGAAGAAAUGUCACCUGUAGUUUAGGUCAUCACCGUGAUGUUUUGUUGGUCCACUUCCUAAGUACACAUUCUGCUAGGAUUCUGCAUCUAGCUCAGUCUUACCCUAAUGCUGUUUGUCCAGAAAGCUGUCUGUCCAUCAUGUAUUUUCCAUGGCAACAAAUUACAUUAAAUUGAACCUGCUUGAAUUUAUGUAUUUACUUUUAGAAUUUGUUGGACUCCACUAGAUAUAUUUUUAAAUUUAUAUUUUUUUCCAUUAUAUUUUCAAGAUUAAAAAAUUUCAUAUCAGAGCAAAAUGUACAUAAGAGCAAUGUACUGCUUAGUAAGUUUCCCAAAACUGGAGCUUUCCUGCUCCUCCGUCUAGAUAUGAAACUUAGCUCCAAGGUUCAGAUUUAGACCCUUGUUAACAUUGUUUUCCAAGAGAUUUGCUGAAGAGAUCCAUCUAAACUUCAGUCGUGUUUACUUUUAAUGUCAAAAUCAACACUUCACAAUAUCCAGUGAUAAAAGUAACUGCUUUAUGUUUAUCCUCUGCUGUGUGCCUGUCAAAUGGUUUUCACAUUCUCACCACACUUGAGCCUUAUAAGGGAGAGAAGGCACCAAACACAUUGGAGAAAUACAAACACGAAGCUCCCAGAGGCUCAGUCGCCUAGACUCAGGUCUCGAAAAAGUCAGGGUCCAUGCUUCCUAACUCCCAGUUUUCAGUUACACCGUCUCCACGCCAGCCAGGAUGUCUUUCCACAGUUCCUUGGGGCACACCCAGUUACUGUCCAGAAGUCUCAGAAUUCCCUGUGCAGGCAGGGGCAUACGCGGUGGUAUGAGUCAUACACCCCUGCUUCCUCUCAGCCCAGGACUGUUCUGCAGCAUGUGUCAGACAGGUCGCCGAGGACAGUGCACCUGCAGUACACGGCCUGCUCAACCCGGGAGAUCCUCCAGAGGUGAUGUGCCACGUGGCAGAGGCCUUCCCGCCCUGUUCCCUCUCGGAGUCCUGGAAUGUUGCUAGCACCUUAGUGUUAGGGCAGACAAGAUGCCACUCUACAUAUAAAUUACACUUCUCGCCAGCCUGUACACUUCUGUCUGAAGUAACCAGUACCAUCUUAAGGAGUUACUGCAUUAAGAAAGUCCUCCCCGUGCCCUUUGAAAGCUGUUUGAAAUUCAGAGAUGAUCAUCUUCCACCUUGAUCCCCACACUGAAACAUUUUAGUAUGAUAAACUUCAAAGUCCUGACAACUGAUACGCUUUUAUCUUGGAAAUCUCUACCGGAGCCCCCUGUUCCUUUUAAGGCAUAUGUUUGUUCGUUUUCAGGGUCAAGAAUACUGAGCUAGCUUUAAGUAGCAAACUGACUUAUAUAUGCAAUUAUAGGAUACAUUAAGAUGAAUGACAGCCUCUACAUAUUGAAAACUUUACCGCAGAUACUUUGUUUUGAAGAUAGCUUUGCAUACUAAAUGCGAUUUUGUAAAAUCAUUAUGUUAAACAGUAUGUUCAGACACUUUCUGCCAUGGCCAAAAAGUAUGUAUGGAAGCGCGCGUGUACUCCUCCGUGAAAGGGUGCCGGCGUGGUACCUGACAUUGUAGCGACACUUCGGUUAUCUAUGCAUUCUUCCUAUCUGUGAUUCGGUAGACAGGCAGCCAUGGUCACGAUGCCUCGUGUGUCUUAUCAUUUUUUUAAUUAACUUGUUAAAUACAGCUUAAAAUAUUUUUAUUUAUUCUAUUUUUACUGAAAUAUACUGCAUUAUUGUGUUAAUGUAUUAUCUUUACUGGAUAUUCUCUCAGUGAACUAUAUACAUUGCCUAAAAGGUGGUUUUGUAAUGAUUUGUAGUCACAUUUUUAUUGGAAUAUGUAGAAGAAAAGGCAAAAUGCUUAAAGUUCCUUUUAUUUUUUAAAAGCAGCCAGAUAGACACAGACUCGCCACCUCAUGUACGUGCUCCUUGGCAGCAUCCAGGGGAAUGGCCAACACGCCUACGGCUCCUGUUUUUACUUUGCGAACUAAAGCACUGCUUGGUGCUUCGUUUUUAUAUCUGUCCCAACGUGUGCGAUCUCAUCUGAAAGACAGACACGUGUCCACCUGCCCUGUGUGUCUGCCCAUCGCUAACUAGAACCAUUGUUUUUUGUUUGUGUCUUCCUGCAUGAAGGGACAUUAGACUCAUUUCCAUUAAAAUAAGUUCUUGCUGGUAACCUGUUGGCACUGCUACUUUUUUAAAAAUCCCACUCUAUGAUUUUAUGAUGGUCACUGGUAAAAUUAUUCUACAGAACGUCAUUUAGUAAAAGCCCUAAGUCUUUCCUCCUUUUCUUGUGUGACGCUCGUUUUCAUAAGCAUUGCAACACAGACUCAGGAGUUCAUAAGCAACUCGAAGAGCAUUUCCCUCAUAUUCGCACAAUUUAACUAGUAAAACUCUUCACACUCUGGUUUGUCAGGCUCCCCGAACACACAGCUAACAGGUGUGCUAUGGAACCAGUAAAAUGAAGUGUAUCUGAGCUCCAGGGAGAAAGAUACUGCUCACGCUUUAUCCGUGAGAGUGCUCUCUGCCCGCCGGAGCAGCUCAUCCUGAAGGAACAUCUGGUUUUGCUUUCUGCCCAUUUAGUUGUCGACCACUUCCACACAUUUAAAUGUAAUAUGUUGCGAGAAUAAA